CUGAUUGUCUUCUUCCAUUUUAUCUUUACAACAUGGGCUUGUAUGGCUCAACCAUUCCUACCAAUAUCAUAUGUUUAUAUGAACUUAUUUGUUCUGUCUUUGGGUGUAUGGUCUAUUGUACAUCAUGAAUCCUCCGAGGCAGCGUUGAUGUUCCUGCUGUGCCAUGUAUUUUCUAUACUUCAAGACAUUAUUCUUCUAGGGAUUUAUGAGCCUAGAGGUUAUACAUAUUUUGAGAGCAAUCCAAAAAAGCAAGGCAGUUCCAGGAAUGAAUAUAGAUUUUCUCUAGGAAUGGCGAUAGUAAAUCUGAUAGUGAAGCCUAUAACAGCAUUCCUGUUGUACAGAAUAUAUCGUGAUCGAGGAGGUUCAUACUCCGACUUUAACAUUCCGGGUGUUGGCAAUCUUCCAGGAUUUGGCGGCAGUCCCCAGCAUAGCGCAUAUGAGAAUAUUGAUACACCAGCUCCCACUAACUCUGGAGGAAUGGAUGAUCACCAGCCAUACGAGACCGGCCAACAGCCUUAUUCAGGCUCAGAGAAACAUUAGUCAUCACCGUUGCCAUAGAAACAUUAAUACAUUUCAGUUCCCAUUUGUACAUGUUCAUUACCUCUUAAAUGAUUUUUGUUUGACUGCAAUGAAUUGUACACAUUGUCCUUUUUCAAUGGUUUGUAAUCUUAUGUAACCAGAAUUAACAAAAGAAUGGAGGAGAAGAUUGUCCCAGAUGACAAGUAAGAGAGGUUGUAUCAUAAAUUAUUUUUUGUUCUCAUAUAUAAAUUUUUAGUUUUUUUUUUUUAAUUAAAUACAGAGGGUUGUCUCUGAGAGCUAAAUUUUAUCUUAGAAUACAAAGAAGUAUUUUUUCUGUUUCAGAUAUGAAUCCAUUUUAAAAUAUGCAGUCAUGUUUUUUUUUUUUUUUAUUUUCCAUGUUUUGAGAAAUUGAUUAAAAUAAGAAUACAGAAAUAGAUUAAAGUUUUAGUUAUAAAGUACUAUAGUUUAUUUGAUUAUAUACUGAUUGACUGCUGACGUGGGUAUAAAGGUUGAUAUAUUGUGACGGUAAAAUUAACUACUAACAUAUAUAUGGGGAUGAAGAUUUUCUAGUGUAGUUUGCUGUAACUAACAAUGAUUAGCUUUUGUCAUUAGUAUAGAGGCAGACUGACAUACACUUCUGUCUAACUAGGCUCUAUACCUGUUGGUUGACCAACUUCACAUUUUCUUGAUAUCCCAAAAAAAAUUGAUAAUGUACAACUCAAAAAAAGGAAACUGGACAAUUUAUUUAAGAAAUUCAGGAGGUUAUGGAUUAAUGUUUAAAUAAUAAAUGAAAAAGUCGUACUUUAUAAGAUGUUUUUGAAGAAGUUUGAAAUUAAACUGUUCUCAUGUGUAAACCUUGCGGAGUUGAACAAUGCUGGCAAAAUUCUAGUUCAGUAUUGUAAGAUUGUAAUUUGUUUAGACAGCAGUAAAGGUAGUGGUAUAGUUUAUACAUAUAUUAUCAGAUUGUUGUUAUUUAUAGAAUUGCUUCUAAUGCAUUCCAACAUCACAAGUUUUUAGCUCGACUUUUCUAUGAAAAGGGGAGCUAUCCUACUCGCCCCGGCGUCGGCGUUGGCGUCACACCUUGGUUAAGUUUUUCGUACCACCCCACUUUAUUUCAGAAGUAUUACAAGUAUGGCUUUGAAACUUACCAUACUUGUUCACCAUCAUAACUCCAUCUACAGACAAGAGUACAUAACUCUGUCAAGGUUUUUGACAGAAUUAUGGCCCUUUUUUGACUUAGAAAGUGUAUUGAGCUUGGUUAAGUUUUUUGUACACCUCACUUUAUUUCAAAACCAUUGGAGGUAUUGCUUUGAAACUGACCAUACUUGUUUACCAUCACGACCUUCAUCAACAGACAAGAGGACAUAACUCUGUCAAGGUUUUUGACAGAAUUAUGCCCUUUUUGACUUAGAAAAUACAUUGAAUAUGGGUAAAAUCCACUUAUUGCCUUAACCCUUUGAGAUAUUGCUUUGAAACUUUUAAUGCUAUUUCACAUCAUUACCCCCAUCUGUACGCAAGAGAAGGUAACUCUGUCAAGGAUUUGUUUUAAAAAUUAAGGCCUUUUAUCGACUUAGAAUCUUGGUUAAGUUUUUAGUACCAGUCCACUUUUUGACUGAACUGUUUGAGAUAUUAAUUUGAAAGUUGGAAUACUUGUUUACAAUCAUGAUUCCCAAACAUGUCCAGGAGAAGGUAAUUCUGUCAAAGAUUUUAUUUGGAUUAUGGCCCUUAACUGUCAAUGUUUUGUAUUAUAGGCAAGCACUAAAAAACUUAAAAAAUCUAAAAAAAUUCAUUCCUAUCCACUUGUUCACUUUACCAUAAAUUAUGUCAUAAUAAAAUAAUUCUUCACUAAAUAUCUUAAUGCUCAUGGCCAUUGUUCACUUUAAAAAUACAGAGAUUCUUGUAUUGCCUUUUACUGCAAAAACUUUUUUUAUUGGCAAGCAAUAAAAAAGUCGAGCGCGCUGUCUUACGGACAGCUCUUGUUUUUAUAACUUACCUGUCACAUUAUUUAUAGAAGUAUAUUUGUUUAUCUUAAUCAUUCCAUGGUGUUUGCACAUAUUAUAAAUCUGUAUUAUUGUUUUUGUCUGUAUAUUGUACAUGGGUUUAGUUUUGAACAAUCAUUUUAUUAUAGACAAUGUUUACCAAAAGUUAUAUACAACACAGAUUUUAAGUGUGAAGUUGAUGACACAUAGAAUACUUAACAGUUACUCUAAUCUUACAAAGAAUUCCCCCACCCCCAAAAUAAACUCCAUCAAAAAAUGAAUAUAUCAGUUGACCUUUUCACAUAUAGUUAAAAACAGUUUAUAUUUAACGUAAACUUCUUUGAAGACAUUUGAAGUGUCAGUUAUCAAAAACGUACAUUUUGAAUAUGAUCAAAAUUUGUAGACAGAUGGCCAAUUCUGUAGGUGGAGAAGACCUACAUGGUCUGUAUCAGUCUUUGAAAUGAUCUCUAUAUAUGAGCCGUGAUACGACAAAACCAAAUUGUGCGUUUGCAGCCAGCAUGGAUCCAGACCAGCCUGCGCAUCCGUGCAGUCUGAUCAGGAUCCAUGCUGUUCACUAUCAGUUUCUCUACUUGUAAUAGGGUUGGUAAGCGAACAGCAUGGAUCCUGAUCAGACUGCGCGGAUGCGCAGGCUGGUCUGGAUCUAUGCUGGUUGCAAACCCAUUAUUUUGGUUUUGUCAUGACGCGGCUCAUAUGCUGAUAGGCAACAUACAUGUCUAUGCUUGUGUACUGCACUUCAAUGAAUUUCUUCUCAUUUUCCUUGAACCAUAAAAAUAUUCUCGCCUUUAUUAUAUCAUUUUUGGAAAAUUGGUUGCCGCAAUAAGAAGCAUCUCUUAAGAGACAAGUAAAUCUAAAAAUGUACUUUAUGAUCGUAUGCAUAAUGGUGAGAGAUGAUUCACAUUUCAUUUUGACAAUCAUUCUACAUCAUUUAUGGAAAUCAAAAUGAAAAUAGAUAUACCGUUAGAUAUAAUUCAGAAAUGAUAUUUACAGUGUUUUGGUUUACAUGAAGGUUUGUGAAAAAAUAAUUGUUUGAUAUACUGACAGUUUGGAGUAUCAUAAAAUCUACAUAAUCUCUACAGUCCUUUAUUAUACGCCCGUUUGAAAAACGGGACGUAUUAUGGGAACGCCCCUGGCGGGCGGGCGGGCGGCGUCCAAUUUUGUCCGGAGCAUAUCUCCUACAUGUAUGGAGGGAUUUUAAUGAAACUUCAUAGAAAUGUUCACCACUAUGAGGAGCAGUGUCGCGCACAUGAACCAGGUCUCUAGGUCAAAGGUCAAGGUCACACUUAGAGCUCAUUGAAAAAUGCUUGUCCGGAGCAAAACUUCCACAUGUAUAGAGGGAUUUCAAUAUUACUUGGCACAAAUGUUCACCAUUGUGAGGCGGAGUGUCGCGCGCAAGAUUCAGGUCCUUGCGGCCAAGGUCAAGGUCACACAUAGAGGUCAAAGUUUAGAUAAAAAUAUGAAGAUGUGUAUAGGGACGAUUUAAUCAUCAUUUAUUGAGGGAUUGUAACACAAAUGGUCAUUAUCAUGACUACGGCUGUGACACAUGUACUUUAGGUCAAUAUAUGCAAGGUCAAGGUCACUAAAGAUGGUGAAAUAUCCAGUUUUUGUCUGGAGCAUAUCUCCUACAUGUAUGGAAGAAUUUUUAAAAUACUUUAUGGAAAUGUUCACCACCAUAAUAUGUAUUGCUCCAUGCAUGAUCCAGGUCUCCAGGUCAAAGGUCAAAGUUCAAGGUCAAAGUUCAGAUAAAAAUAUGAAGAUGUGUAUUGGGACCAUUUAGUCAUCAUUUAUUGAUGGAUUGUGGCACAAAUGGUAACUGUCAUGACUACAGGUGUGACAUAUUUAAUUUAGGUUAAUAUUUGCAUUGUCAAGGUCACUGGAGAUGAUUAAAUAUCUAGAUGUUGUCCGGAGCAUAUUUUCUACAUGCAUGGAGGAAUUUUAAUGUUACUUUAUAGAGUUGUUCACCACCAUGAGACGUAGUGCCCUGCACAUGAACCAAGUCUCUAGGUCAAAGGUGAAGGUCACAGUUAGAGCUCAUAGAAAAACGCUUGUCUGGAGCAAAACUUCUACAUGCAUAGAGGGAUUUCAAUAUAAUUUGGCACAAAUGUUCAUCAUUGUGAGGCUAAGUGCCGUGCAUAAAAUUCAGGUCCCUGCGACCAAGGUCAAGGUCACACAUCCUGUGCAUAUCUUCCCUACUGAUUUGUUUUAAGGUUCACCUAACAACCCAGUGCCAAGAAUAAAAACUUGCUAGAUAACACUUAUCCAUAAUGCCCCCAUCUCCAUCUAAAGCUUCCUUAAAACGGGCGUAUUUUGUGACUAUGGCACCCUUGUAUAACUUGUUCUGAUCUAUAACUGAAAAUAAUCAUAUAGUUAUAAUUGUUUUACUGGUAAAAGAGGAGUUCAAUAUAUGUAUGUUAAAUGUUAGUUUUUAUGUAUUAAAUUUUAUUAGAAGUUUACAUUAUUCAAUUUAUUCACUGUGUGUAUUACUGAAUUUUCAUUUUAGUUCUGGAUUAGAAAAAUACCCUUGUUGAUAUUGUUCAUGUUUGUCAAUUUAAGAAGGUUUCUUUAUUGUUUUUUUUUCCAUAGUACAUGUAAUGUGUGACUUUUCUGACUACAUGAAUUUUCAAAAUCUUUGAACGUGGGAAAUAUUUGGAAAGAAUUUUGAAACAUAUUUCAUGAUAUACAAGACAGAUUGUGGUAAUAAAUAUAAUCUUAUUAAACAAGCAAUUUUGUUGUAAUUGGAAUUGGCUUUACAAAAAUUAUAUAUACAUGUAUAUUGAUAUUGUCUAUAUGUAUGUACUUCACUUAAUUUAAAGUGAUAAUUUAUAGUGAUACUCUAAUGAUAUUUCUUCUAUUAUAUAUACUCUUGUACUAUAAAAAAUGGGUAAAGAGUUUUACUAUAGACUUCAAAUUAGUUUGUGAUAACUUGCAGUACUUAUUGUUAACAUAAUGGUGAUUUUGGAAAAUAUAGUACAAUGUAUUAUUAUGUGUUAAGGUAACAAGUAUAGUAGUUUAGUUUGUUAAAGCAUUAUUUAUUAAUAUAUUACCUGAUGGUGAAGGGGUUAUAUAUAUGUAUUAAUAAUUAAUUUAUAUUGUAUUUUACCACAUGAGCUUUCUUGUCUAUAUGUGUUUCUGGAACUUUAAUCUAUACUGUGUUUUAUAUAUGAUAAUGCCUUCACAAGUGAUGUUAAUUGGUUUGUUGUAUGUCUAAAUGUAUUGAAAAAGCAUAAUAAUGAAGAAAUUGAUUAGAUUUUUGAAAAAGUAAAAGAUAAUAUUACAUAAAUAAGGGAACAGAGUUUUUUUUAUCUCACAAGUGCUGUACAAUAAACAUGUUCAUUCUGAUGCACAUCAUAAUUUGUAUUUAUGAGAACAGUGCUGAUAUAUAAACCAAAGAUGUCAAGAUCCCUUAUAGCUUCUCUCAACUAUAUUUCAUACCCAAAAUUUGCUGAAAUUAAAGAUGUUCUCAAAUAGAAUUCUUGUCUCAUUAAUGUACAAUAUUAUAGGAUUAAUGUAAGUUAAUAUUUCAGUUUGUUCAUAGUUAUUAUCAUAGCUCAUUAAUGAUUGUUUUUUAGACCUAUUAAAGUUGGAACCAUUAAUAAUAACAAUCAAUAUUAUAAAGAAUUAUUAUACAAGUCUAGGAAAGUAUUAUAAUGCGAGCCUUAAGAGAAUUAUGUAAAAUUUCUAACACAAGUGUCGUGGUAGUUUAUAUGAAAUCUCAAUGAAUAUUAGAAUCUUUUUAUUGUUGCAUUAUAUUAUAAAACCAGAAAAAGUUAUAUUUAUUUUUAAGAUUAUUGAAAGUUGUAACGUAUGUUACAGGUAAAAAUCAGCAUAGUCAUUUAGUAAAACCUUUCAGCAUAAUUUCUCUGUAUUAAAAAAAGAAUCAUGUUCUUCUAUAAAAAAGAUAACAUUUGUACAGCUUAUUUGAAAGCAGUCUUAUACUAACUGCCAGUACAGACAUAUAUCAAGCUAUAGGGUAGCUGUUUUAAGCUGUAACAGGCUCUGCUAACUUGCUGAUAAAAAAUAGUUACCCUCAAGGUGGAUAUUAAGGUCUGUACCAGUAACUAGUUUUGAUUCCUUUACUUGCAUAUCACAUACUCUAGUUUGAAAAAAAAUGCAAUAUUGUCUUACAGUAAGAUAACAUUUUCAAGGACCAAUGCAAACUGUAUAAAGCUUUUAUCUUUUCUCAUAUUCACAUGAAACAGUGUUUAUUUGGCAGUAGAAUUUUUGUAUAUAUUGUACUUCACUUUAUCUUAAGUAAAUAUUCAAGUCAUGACUAUUAUACAGUAUUCUUAAUUCCUUAAAACUCUUUACAUUUAUUCUUUUGUAUUUUCCAUUUUGUUUUGUUUUUAAUAAUACAUGUGUACUUUAGGGCCCACUACUUUACAUCAUUUAGCUUACUAUAUAUUAUCCAGAAACAAGCUUAAAUACUCCUGCUUCUUUCAUAUUUAUUUUACUACAGUACCACAUAUGCAAUACAUUUGUAGGUCUUCAGGCUACGCAUUAUUUUGAUUACAUAGAACUGUAUUUUUUUGUGUGAACACUUUGUGCCUGUUUUUAAAUAUUGAAAUAAUAGGAAGCGUUAUUAAUUUGUAUGUUCAGUCUAAAAUUACUAUACAAUAAUAGGGGAAACUUUUAAUCCUGUAGUGUGUCUGAAUGGAAUAAGAAUUUCUUACAUCAUUCUUGUAAAUCGCAAAUAGAAAAAAAAAACAGAAGAUGAUGAAACACAAAUAUGUUAAAGUUUUCAGAUUAUUGAAGUACUUUCAAUUUGAUUCCAUGUUUAUACAUUCUACAUUAACACCAAUUAAUCUGUGCAAUAUGUGUACUGUGAUAAUUAGCUAGAAAUAAAACAGUAUGCAGUUUCUACAA